CGAGAUUUGCUCUUUCGGACGUUUUCGGCUCAUUCCGCUAUUUUCCGUCCCGCUUUCACUAGUUCUCAAGCAGUCCUGCCCGCUUCGUGCUGUGCUGGAAAAUGGCAGUUCGGUAAAUUGAAAAGAUUCGUGCGGAAUGAAAAGGAAAAAGAAAUCAAUCCUGUAGUCUGCUGAGGGAGUAGAUGGGAGUUAAAAACCUGAGUCCGGCCGAGUGUUAGGAUCGCACAUUUAUUCGCACGCGCGAAAGAAAACCGUCAAAGCUUUUGCAACGACUUGCCACGGUCAUCACGUUAUACUGGGAGGAUCACAUCUUGAGAGGGAAUGUUGAGCAACCUGCUAUAAGACGACAUCAGCUGAUUUGGCGAAAUAAAUCUGUGAAGGACUUCAUUCUUUAUUUCUUUUCCAGUGGCUGAAUGAGCAUGCUGCAUUCCCUCUGUUCCAUCAUUUGGUUGAACCGCGGGUUCAAGUUGAGAAAAGUGGCCUGUUCGGCCAACACCGGCCAGGUCUAAGCCGUUGCUACCGCGCAUGCCUGUUUAUGAGCUCCGGUUAGAAGUGCUUAACUUUUAACUAAACGUCCCACGGUACGACAUCAGUCACACCCUCGCAAAGUUUCAUCCCCAGUCCGACGUUCUUCUGCCUGGGGUGAUUGUCAUUUCAUACUCUGAAAAUGGCUGCCGAUGGCUUCCAGUACAGGUCUCUGUACUCCUACUGUAAAGACUGGGAGGAUGACAUUGACCUUGAGCCUGGUGAUAUCCUGACGGUCGACAAAGCAUCUCUGCUGUCACAGGGCUUUAAAGAGGGAGACAAGCAGCACCCAGAAUGCCUCGGCUGGAUCUUGGGCUUUAACGAGCGAACCAAACAGAGGGGAAACUUUCCAGGGACGUAUGUGCAGUAUGUGGGACCUUUGAAAAUGUCAGUGCCGUCCUGCCAGCCUCGUUCUCAGAGACUGCUUCCUGCUGUUCCCAGACCUGAGCCAACAGCCUCCUCGCAGGUUGCUCCAGUCCUGGACUUGACCAAACAGUUCACACACCCGGAAACAACUGCUCCUAAUCUUAUGAAGUUGGUCGAAGCAAUUGAGCGGACAGGUCUGGACUCCAGGACACUAUACAGGACAUCCACUGCUUCAGCCUCUGACAGACAGAGCCCUGCUGAGCUGCAGGAGUUGGACGUGGGACAGUGGGACAUUCAUGCACUCUCGGAGGCUCUCGUUCGGUACCUGCAGGAACUUCCUGCCCCCAUCAUCCCUCCCUCUGUUUAUACAGACCUUCAGGCAGCAGUGCAACUAGAAUCAGACGUUUCCUCCGUGAGGAGACAAGAGCAGCUGCUGCAGGUACUGGAGAAGCCUGAAGUUCCACUGCAGAACCUUCUGACGCUGCAUUAUUUGCUCAAACACCUGGAGAAGGUCUGCCAGCGCGCUGCGCAGAACGGCCUCGACAUUCACACCCUCGGCCAAAUCUUUGGCCCUCUGUUGAUCAGGGACCCUGUGAGCGGGUCAGAGGAAGAUGAGGGGUUUCCCGUGAUUGCAGUUGAGAGACUUCUUUUGGAGAGAAUUUGGGAACAAGAGCCGACUCCUCCCGCUCUCCCUCCUAAACCGCCCAAAGCCAAAGCCAUGGCCUCAUCUGUGACCAAUGGAAACAACAGCUUACUGAGUGAAGCUGAAUGGUACUGGGGAGACAUUUCAAGAGAGGAGGUGAAUGAGAAGUUGAGAGACACUCCUGAUGGUACGUUCCUGGUGCGGGACGCAUCAAGCAAAGUCCAGGGAGAGUAUACCUUGACCCUCAGGAAAGGAGGCAAUAACAAACUGAUCAAGAUUUUUCACCGCGGGGGGAAGUAUGGCUUCUCAGAGCCUCUUACUUUUCUCUCUGUGGUGGAGCUCAUCAACCACUACCGGCAUGAGUCGCUGGCCCAAUACAACGCCAAGCUGGACACUCGCCUGCUCUUCCCUGUGUCUAAAUAUCAGCAGGAUCAGGUGGUGAAAGAGGACAGUGUCGAGGCAGUAGGAGAGCAGCUGAAGGUUUAUCAUGAGCAGUAUCAGGAGAAGAGUCGUGAAUAUGAUGUACUGUAUGAAGAAUACACACGCACAUCACAAGAGCUGCAGAUGAAACGAACAGCCAUAGAGGCCUUUAAUGAGACCAUAAAGAUCUUUGAGGAGCAGUGUGAAACCCAGGAGCGCCUCAGCAGAGAAAGCAUUGAGAAGUAUCGCCGAGAAGGCAACGACAAGGAGAUUGAGAGAAUUCAGAGCAACUCUGAGAAGCUGAAAUCCAGAGUGACAGAGAUUCAUGACAGCAAGAGUAAGUUGGAACUGGACUUGAAGCGACAAGCCACAGACAAUCGAGAGAUAGACAAGAGGAUGAACAGCUUGAAACCAGACCUCAUACAGCUGAGGAAGAUAAGGGACCAAUAUCUUGUAUGGUUGACUCAGAAAGGCACCAAACAAAGGAAGAUCAACGAAUGGCUGGGUAUAAAGAACGAAUCAGAGGACUUGUAUUCUCUGUUGGAUGACGAUGACGAUCAAGCACAUCAUGACGAGUGUACCUGGUACGUUGGGGACAUCAAGCGCACACAGGCGGAGGAUCUCCUGAGAGGCAAACGAGACGGCACCUUCCUCAUCAGAGAGAGCCAGACCCAGAAGGGCUCCUUCGCCUGCUCUGUAGUCAUGGAUGGAGAGAUCAAACAUUGUGUGGUUUACAAGACGGCCACAGGUUUUGGAUUUGCUGAGCCUUACAACCUUUACGGUUCCUUGAAAGACUUGGUCCUGCACUACAAACACACCUCUCUGGUCCAGCACAACGACACACUGAAUGUAACCCUGGCCUAUCCGGUCCUCGCACAGCAGCCUAGAUGAGCACCGCCACACGAGACGGCCCAGGACACACAUAUAAAGCAUGAUUAAGCACAUUAUACGGAGCAAACUAUACUAACACCAAACUUUUAUGUUUAUCGUAGAGAACAGAUAAGCACAGUAUAUUAUCGUAAGUAAACGUAUGGCUUUUUUUGUAAGCCCAUGGUUUUUUUUCCGUAUCAGUCAAAGUCAGCUGCAGUAAUUACGGUAAAAUCACAGCUACUCUGUAAUUGUUGUCCCAACACAAGAGAGAGGAAAGUGAGGAGAGGAAAGUGUCAUGUUAUUCCAUGAAAGCUCGAACUAGUGUUGUAGUCCUGGAUAUUUUCGAUGAGGACACGGGCCAGGGACGAGAUGAGAUGAGGAAUUAACCGAAAGUUGCAGCUGUUGAUAAUCAAUCUUUUAGCUGUUAUGUCACUGUGUAAUUGUUUGGUAGUUCACUUCUGCCAACCAUAUGAAUAGAUUCCUCUUUAUGUCAGUUGUCCUAUAGAAGAUGUGAAACAAACCUUUUUUUAUUUUUUUUAUUAUUAUUAUAUCAGACAUGUUCGAGGGACACUGAAGUCCUUUUAGCUUCUAUUCUGCGACUUUAAAGCUAGUCGUCAUGGUCAGAAUAAAUAGCCAUCAACAAUUAUGUGCUUUUCUUUGAGAUAUUACACCACACAGUUGGAAGUCUGGCAUCUUAAUGGUUUCUGUGGGCUGGUAUUGGUGCUUCCUGGUGCUUUAAUUUUUGACUCUUGUAACGUGAGAGUGAUGCAUAGCUAUAGAGAACUGUUAAGAUCCAGAACAAAGGUGAUCCCAAAGCAACAACGCGCACAGGAGCUUCCACUCGCUUAGAAAGGUUAUUCAAUGUGCACAAGCAAAAUGGUACGGAAAA